ACAAACUAAAGUUGAUGGGGAUGAAUACCUCGUUGAGGAAAUCGAUGACAAACCAGCUCCAUUCAGAUGUUACCUUGAUAUUGGUUUGGCUAGAGCAACCACUGGUGCUCGUAUCUUCGGCGCUUUGAAAGGAGCUGCCGAUGGUGGUUUGGAAAUUCCUCAUAAAACCAAGAGGUUCCCUGGAUAUGAUAGUGAAUCGAACAACUUCGAUGCUGAAGUACACAAGAAGCACAUUUUCGGACAACACGUAGCCGAUUACAUGCGUAUGCUCCAAGAAGAAGAUGAAGAUGCAUACAAAAGGCAAUUCGGAAAGUUCAUCAAGCUUGGAAUCACUGCUGAUUCCAUCAAGGGCAUGUAUGAAAAGUGUCACGCCGCCAUCCGAAAAGAUCCAGUGCACAAAGCAACUGAGAAGAAGACCGAGCCUAAACCCAAGCGCUACAACAGAAUUAAGAUGUCUAAAAAACAGAGAGAAGCCAGCGUUGCUCAGAAAAAGGCCUUCUUCUUGAAGACCCUGGAAGAAAACAAAUAGAUAAAAAGUCUUUUGUGCUGUUAGUUUACGUACGAUAUGCACAAUAAAAGGCUUUAAAUGACAUAAAUAUAAUUGAUCUUUAAUUGCGCUUUCACCGUUUGCGAGUGUUUUCGGUCGCCUAAAUUGAAAACAGAUAUCUUGUUUUCAUAUAAUAUUAGCACUUGUCUUGCAUCUUAGUCUUGAUCUACAGAUAGAGAAACAUUUAUAAAUUAUCGACCAAAGUUCAUGGCGAUGAGGACAUCGGCUAUGUUGAAAUACGUCACAUUACCAAAUUUAAAUUUAAAAAUUCAACUUCGGUUAAGUCAAUUGGUUAGUGUUGUGUUAGUCAAGCUACAAAAAUAGUUGGUGAAUUGACGAACACGAAAGUGAAGUAAUGAGUUGGGUUAGUGACAUUCUACCAAAUCACAUUCAGGAUAUCAUAUUACUCGAUAGUAAAAAAAAGCUUGAACUUUGCCACAAUUCAGAAUUUCGGCAGUAUCUCAUUUCUAAUUCGCAAUUACUUUGCCAACUAUGGUUAGAUUCCGAAAGUAGACAAAUUCUUCAAAAAGACACUAAAAUUUCCAAAUAUACCGAAUCACAACAGUUCAAGGAUGAACAAUUAACGUAUAGAGCAAAUAACCUCAUUCCCAAUGAGGAUCUGUUAAUUUAUUGCCUAAUGGAACCAGACCUAAUAAAAGUUGUUGAAACUGAUCAUCAACUACAAAAGGUCAUUUUAGAAGAUCCUUCCAUGCUAUCCUACUGUAGAGCAAAGAAAAUUGACAUAAACUUCCCAUCAAUUAUGGAAAUACUAAAUGACUCCAAAGCUGUUAAGCAAUUAAUUGAAUCACCUGAAAUCUCAAAAAGGCUUGACCAAAUAAAGAAAGGAGAAUUGAAGAAAAGCAUAUCUCUCCCUUCCAUUGAAUACUCCAAUGCAGAAAUCGAUUCUCUUCAAAGUGAUCUUAAAAGAACUUUACUCAUCUUGAAAACGUCUGUAAAUGAGCUUACCGACCAAGAGGUAAAUUUAAAAGACGAAUUGACUACCCAUAAUGAUAAUACCAACUCAAAUCAAAAUCAUAAGAAUAAUAGUGAUAAUACACACGAAUUGAUUACGGACAAUCAAAGAGAUAUUGAAUUAGAAAAUGAGCUGAAAGAGGUGAAAAUUAGUCUUCGUAUGACAAGAGAAGAUCUAAAGAAGGAAAAAGAUGUAAAUGAAAAGCUGAAUGAAAUAAUUAGAGAUAAGAAUGAACAGUUAAGAGUAGGUGUUGUUUCAUUGUUAGAAGCUGGAAAAUUGAAUACUUUGCAUUCGUUAAUAGAAGCCGAAGCCAAAUUAAAUGAUAUGAGAGUAACAAAUGAUAAAUUAAUGGUUGAUUAUGAAACGAAUCAUCAGUCCUUAGUAAACGUUAUAAAGGAAAAUACAGAACUCGAAAGGUCUAUUAGACUAUUAACAAAACGUUUAAUUAAAGAAAAAAAUCUUGUGUCACUUAUGAUAUCAUCGAAAGUGGAGUUAGAGAAGGUUAUGGUUCCCCUAACUAAUGAAAGGGACUCACUGAGGAAAGAGAAAAGAGAAUUAACCAAAAAUUUAGAAGAAUGCCAAUCUCAUCUACAAAUAGAAGGCUUAAAAGCAGAUGAAAAUUUAAGAAAUCUCAAGAAUGAUUACGAGAAAGCUAUAAAUAUCCUUAAAGAAGAUACUAGGAGUUUGAUGACUGAUCUUAUUGGUGUAAAAUCGCAUAAUGAAAUGAUUUCUACUGAAACUAAAAAUAUGAGAUCAAUUCUCGAAACGGCUAAGAGGAAUGAGGAAGAGUUAAACAGAAAAUUUCAAGUACUUCUUGAAGAAAACUCAACUUGCAGAGAGGAAACGGAAAAAAUCCUUGAAGAAUACGAGAACAAAGUAGCAGAUAAUUGCAGAAUGAAUGAAACAAUUGAAGAAUUGAAAAAAGAUAAAGAGAACUUUUUAUCGGAUAAAUAUGCGUUGGAGAGGAGUAUUCAAAGGCUUGGAGAUGAAAUAAUUAAGAUGAAAGAGGAUAUAGAAGAGAGCGGCAGGCGAUUAGGAGACGCUCGGUCAACUAGUUUAACAACUGAAAAAUUAUAUCAAGAAUCUCAAACAGCUUUGGCAAUUGCUCAAGCUGACGUUAGAGCAAUGAGAAGUCAAAUGGAAGCCGCUGAAGAAGAAAGGAUUAAUUCCGACAAUAAACUUUAUCAUUAUAAAGAACGCAAUGAUAAAUUAGUUAAGGAAUUAGAAAAUUUACACAAUCGCCUAUCAUUGGAACAAGGUGCACUUUCGGAAGAAAAGAAAAAUUUAUCAGAAAUGAAAACCGAACUAAUCUUCCUCAAUGAGGUUCAAGAAAAAUCUAAUAAAGAAAUAUCGACAUUAUUAGCAUCUCUGGAAAAUGAAAGAAAUUUACAUAUGUCAUUAAGAGAUCAAUAUCUCCUUGCUGAAAAACAACAAAUGAUCAUGUCGGAAAGCAUUAGACAAUAUGAAAUUCAAGUUGCAAACUUGGAAGAAAAUCUCAGUUCGGAAAGAGGUCAAAUUGAAAUAGUUAAGCUAGAGAGAGAAAAAUAUCUUCAAGACUUAAAUAGUCUUCGGUUGCAUUGCAGUACUCAAGAAGAAAUUCUAUAUCACGAAAGAGAAAAAUGCAAAGAAACUGUUGAAAGCAUUCGUAAUGACUUUUUAGAAGAUUUAAAGUUUUGCCAAGAAGAGAGGAAGAAUUUCGAACAGUUAAAUUACAAGCUCAGGCAAGAUCUCUCAGAAUCUAGAGAGAAAUUAAGGCAAAAAGAUCUGCAACUAAGGUCAGCUUUGUACUCGAUUGGCCAGUUGGACUCAGAAGCAAAAGGUAGAAGGGAAUUGGAAUGUCAACUCAUGGAAUCGGAAGCAGAGCUUCAAAAUCUUAAAUUGGAAAUUGAUAGUUUACGCGUAGAGAGAAAAUGCUCUGAUGAGAAAUAUAGCGAAUUUGUUGAUCAGAACGACAAACUACGACUGAUCAUUCAACAAUUAAAAGAAGGAGUAAAAGUACUCAAAGAAGAAUAUACUAGAGAAGUAUUUGUUUUGCGCAAGGAAUUAGAACGCAACUCCCGUUCCACGAAGGACGAACUAAACAAUCUUAGAAGUGAAUUGACUAAGAAAAGUGCAGAACUUAAAACAAGCGAAGCAUCCCUCGCCGUUUUAAACGAUAGUAAAGAAGAGUUAGAAAAUGUAAGAAAUUGUUUUGAGCAGACAAUCACUGCUCUUAAGAAACGACUCUAUCAAGAAGUUACUAAUAGAAGAUUACUGGAAGAACGCCUUAAAGCUUUGAAAGAUAGUCGUCGAAUUGCUUGCGACGAAUAUCCAAAUUCAUUGGAGGAAAAACCCGUCGAACACGAAUUGAAGUUGGCUCUUAUAGAAGAACAAGAGAAAGUUGUUCAAAUGAAGAAACAAUUAAAAUCCGUUCAGGCUAGUGCAUACACCCAAGAAGCCCAUUUGCAAACUGUUGAAUUACAACUAUCUCAAGCUGAGAGUGAGUUGAAUCGCCUGAAAAGAAAAAGUCAUACAAGGUCUUCAAUGAAUAUCGAAGAAAAUGAGAAAACUAAUGAGGAAAUGAAAAAACUACUUAAUUUAUACGAAAGCGAAAGAACAAUCUUUUUUAGUUCAGCUCAGAGAAUGGCAAUUGACUUGGAAACUUGCCGCAAACAGAUUCUAGAAAAAACCAAGGAAAAUAUUAAAUUACAAGAAGAAUUAACAAAAAUGCAAGAAAAAUGUACAAACUCUGAAAAUCAACUUAAAAAAGUUGACAACGACAUUAAAGAAUUAAACAAAGAUAAUGAGUUUUAUAAGCAGGAAACUUUUAAAUCACAAUUAAAUAAACUAAGAUCUUUAAAUAAUAAGUCUUAUCAAGCUAGGUGA